CCGGUCACACUACCGCUCACCAUUUUGUUUGCAACGUGAAAAAUAAAGGGAAAACGCUGUCGCUCAUUUUAACUAAAUAAAAAGGAUACAAACUUACUGGAAACGCUUCCAAACGCUGCAAUUAUAAAGGCUAUUAGUUAAGAAGAUGGACAACAUUGAGCGACUGUACAAAUGCUACGAAAUUCUGUCGGAGGCGGGCGAUAAAAUAUCCGAGCAUGUGGAGGAAUAUAAAGAGAUUAUCAAGGCCGUAAAGGGCUCAUCGAAGGAGAAACGCUUGGCAUCGCAAUUCAUUGGAAACUUCUUCAAGCAUUUUCCGGAUUUGGCCGACACAGCCAUCGAUGCCCAGUUCGACCUAUGCGAAGAUGACGACACACAGAUCCGCCGCCAAGCCAUUAAGGAUCUGCCGAAACUGUGUCAGGGAAACGGUGACGCCACCAUCCGAGUGGGCGAUACUUUGGCCCAACUGCUCAUCCUGGAUGAUGCCACAGAAUUGCAGCAGGUCAACAACUCGUUACUGGCCAUCAUAAAGCUGGACACCAAAAGCUCCGUCACCGGAUUGUUCCAACAGAUAACCACAGGGGAUGAGACGACAAGAGAGCGCUGUCUCAAGUUCAUUGCGACCAAACUGCUGACCAUGGGUCCCACAGUUAUAACCAAGGAAAUCGAGGACUACAUCGUGGAGGAGAUCAAGAAGGCUCUGCAGGACGUCACCGCUGAUGAGUUCCAUCUGUGCAUGACAAUUCUGGGAGCGACCAAACUGGGCAGCACCAUCACCGGACACGCCGAGCUCGUCAAGCUGGCCACAGAACAGGCGGAACUUAAUAACACAGACACGGACAUCAUUGCAGUAGAUGAUGAGGUCGUGGAGCGAUUUAUACAGUGCGCCACUGCAGCGGCACCUUACUUUUCGAAGACCAUAAAAUCAACAGCAUUUGUAGCACACGUUUGCGAUAAACUGCUGCCCAUCAAGACCUGGAACAUGAUCGCUACUGCAGUGUCGCAAGAUCAAAUUCAACUCAGAUUACUGAAAGUAUUUGCCGAGAUGAUAACUAACACGGACAAGCUGGAGAAUGCCAGCGAACGCAUUAAUGCAGUCUACCAUGUAUUACUGGAGUACAUGCCUUUGCCGAAGCUGAGCGAUGAGGAUCUGGGGGAUACCCCGCCCUCGUUUCAGUUCUCGCAUGCCGAGUGCUUACUGUACGCUCUGCACACGCUAGGAAAGAAUCAUCCAAAUAGUUUAAGUUUCGUCGAGGACGCGGAGAAGCUAAAAGACUUUCGAGCUAGAUUGCAAUAUCUAGCAAGGGGAACACAGGGUUAUAUUAAGAAGCUGGAGGAGGCCCUUAAGGGCAAGACGGGGGAGGAACUCAAGACGGAGGAGAACCAAUUGAAGCAGACGGCGCUUAAGACUACAUCUAACAUUAACGUGUUGAUACGGGAUCUGUUCCACUCGCCGCCCAUAUUCAAACAUGAUAUUGUGCUUUCCUGGAUUGUGCCAAAAAAUACUAAGCUUGGCAAGCGCCAUGCACCCAUCACUUUUGGGGAAAAAGCAGCUGCCAACGGGAAGGAGAAGGAUCAGGAGCCAGAAAAGAAGGCGCGGGCAUCCAACGACCAGAAGUUCUACUCGCCUCCAUCUGGGAAAUACUCGAACAAGGUGAACCAGAACUAUGGAAACAACAAUCGGACGAGACAACGCGGUGGCGGCGGAGGAGGCUACAGGAAUCGACGCUUCAACAAAUACUAAGUAAUCUAUAGAGAAGCAGCAGCGCGUAUUUCACUUGAAUGGUUUGUCCCUAGUCCUUAACCCUAAAAAAAACUACGAGAUUGGAUUCGUGCUGAAUAAACGAAAAUUAAACGAUGCUGCAUCCAAGCAAGAAAACAAGCGCCAACAGGAGAAUCUGCUUUUCGCAGCGGCCGCUGGUGAGUAUGACAACCAAUUUCAAAGUAACUUUCUCCCUUUCGUUUCUUUUCAGCGCAAUUUAUUCUCAUGGAAAGUAAAUGCCACAUUCUAACAACCAUUUUCUCAUACACUCACGCAUUGCUUUUAUUAUUUUCGUGAAAAAUGUUUUUCCCACAAUUUGCGUUAAUUAUUCUAAACAACGUCACGCCCUCUUUUCAUAGAAUUCAAAAAAAGGGGCGCUGGCUUCGUUUUGAAUUCAUGUCACGAUUAACUUUCGAUUCUGUCAAAUGCAUAAAUAUAAGAUUAUAACGAUAACCAGUUGAACGAACUAUGCAAUAUCAAUCUAUAAAACAAGUCUGUGGAAAAGUUAGUUUCCCGAUUUGAGGAAAAUGAUUUUCAAACAAAGUGUUUGUGAAAUCAAUUUUGUGUUUUAAAACUAUUAGUUUUUAUUUUACAUGUAAUCAAAUCAACAAUUGUACCACGUAGAGAUGCAACUCAGCAAAAAAAAAACACAAAGCAUACAUUUCUUGAAUUCAAUAAAAGCAACAUUAAAACUAA